AACAUGCCCAAUGAAAUUAUGAUUUGUUUUUCCACAGACUGGGUUUUUGUCAUUCUCAUGAGCUGGAAUAAUAUGUUCCAUACUCACAAAGCUCAUUUAGUGAGUUUUGUACACAUCCCUGUUAGUGAGCGUUUCUCCUUUGCCAAGAUAAUGGCUGAUUAAACAGCAUCACACAGGUGCACUUUGUGCUGAGGACAAAGGCCACUAAAAUGUGAAGUUGUGUCACAAUGUCUCAUGUUUUAAGGGAGAGAGUAAUUGGCUUGCUGCAAGAAUGUCCUCUAGAGCUGUUGCUAGAGAAUUGAAUGUUAAUUUCUCUACCAAUAGCUGCCUCUGUCAUUUUAGAGAAUUUGUCAGUACGUCCAACUGGCAUCACAACCGCAGACCACGUCUAACCACGCCAGCCCAGGACCAACACAUCAGUCUUCACCUGCUGGAUCGUCUGAGACCAGCAACCCGGACAUCUGAAAUUGUGGGUUUGCACAAAUGAAGAAUCUCUCGCACUCAAACUGCCUCAGGGAAGAUUGUAUGUGUGCUCGUUGUCCUCAGCAGGGUCUUGACCUGAUGGCAGUUCUUUGUAACUGACUUCAGUGGGUAAAUGCUCACUUUCACUGGCAUGCUGGAGAAGUGGGCUCUUCAGAGAUGAAUCCUGGUUUCAGCUGUACCGGCCAGUAGGGUUUUGGUUUGGGCAGGCAUAAGCUACGGACAAUGAACACAAUUGCAUUUUAUUGAUGGGAAUUUGAAUGGACAGGUGAUGAGAUCCUGAGGCCCAUUGUUGCGCAUCACCUUUUGUUUCAGCAUAAUGCUCAGCCCCAUGUCGCCAGGAUCUGUACACAAUACCUGGAAGCUGAAAAUAUCCCAGUUCUUCUAUGGCCUGCAUACUCACCUGACAUGUCACCCAUUGAGCAUGUUCAAGAUGCUCUGGAUCAAUGUGCAUGACAGUGUUCCAUUUCCCGCUAAUAUACAGAAACUUCGCACAGCCAUGAAAGAGUGGGACAACAUUCCACAGGCCAAAACAGCCUGAUCAAAGUUGAAUUGUCAUGUGCGCCCAAUACAACGGGUGCAGACCUUACAGUGAAAUGCUUACUUACAGGCUCUAACCAGCAGUGCAAAAAAUAUCAGGUGAACAAUAGGGAAAUAAAAACAUUUAAAAGACAGUGAAAGAUAACAGGGAGGCUAUAUACAUGCACCAGUUAGUCUGGCUGAUUGAGGUAGACUAUAGUUCAACUGACUAUUUAUAUGAUGAACAGAGUAGUAGCAGUGUAAAAGAGGAGUUGGGGGGGCACACAAUGGAAAUAGUCCAGGUAGUCAUUUGAUUACCUGUUCAGGAAUCUUAAGGAGUAAAAACUGUUGAAGCCUUUUUGUCCUAGACUUGGCACUCCGGUACUGCUUGCCAUGCGGUAGUAGAGAGAACAGUCUAUGGCUGGGGUCUUUGACAAUUUUUAGGACCUUCCUCUGACACGGCCUGGUGUAGAGGUCCUGGAUGGCAGGCAGUUUAGCCCCAGUGAUGUACUGGGGCUGUGCUGUAUGCGAAAGAUGUUGCGCUGCAGGAGGCAAAUGGUCACACGAGAUACUGACUGGUUUUCUCAUCCAUGUACCUACCUCUUUAAGGUACAGGAUCUGUGACCAACACAUUCAUAUCUGUAUUCCUAGUCAUGUGAUAUUUAUAGAUUAGGGCCUAAUGAAUUUAUUUCAAUUGACUGAUUUCCUUAUGAGCUGUAACUCAGCAAAAAUAAAACAUUUGUUGCAUGUUGCGUUUAUUUUUCAGUGUGUGUGAGCAUGUCAACCGCAAGAGGAUGCUCCGAUGACAUGUAUGAUAGACCAUCUUACUUGAAUGACGCAGCCACAGCUGUGAGAAUGCAACCGAGUGGGUUAAUAAUGCUCGAGAGGAACAGUAUGAUAUAGCCACAGCUCCGUACUAUGCGACAAGAUAUCCCCCGUGGUGUGUGCAUUAUGCUCGUACAAUUGCCGCGAGGAAGAUACUAGUGUUGAAAAGGCGAUGAGGCCAACUAUGCAGCCUAUUCAACGUGAUGUCAGAGUCCUAUACAUUCGGCAUUCGCCAUAGUGUCAACGAAGGGCAUAUAACGCGCCGCUUAUCUGGGAAUUGUAAAUGGAUGAGAUUGCGACAUCGGGGGAGGCCAGGGGAAGCAUGCACACAGCUUCUCGCUCAAGCUUUCUUCUGCAGACAUGGACACUGGUCGUAGGGGGUCUACAAUAACUAGUGAGAUGCCGUCCCCCACAGCUCAGGGUCUAGGCCCAGGUCAGGAGAAGAAGAUCGGCCACAGGAGAGUAGAUGCCUCUGGAGAGACCACCUAUAAGAAGACCACGUCCUCUGCCCUGAAAGGUGCCAUCCAGCUGGGCAUCGGCUACACGGUGGGCAACCUGAGCUCCAAGCCAGAGAGAGAUGUCCUCAUGCAGGACUUCUACGUGGUGGAGAGCAUCUUCUUUCCCAGUGAGGGCAGUAACCUGACUCCUGCCCAUCACUACCCAGACUUCAGGUUUAAGACCUAUGCCCCCGUGGCCUUCCGCUACUUCCGAGAACUGUUUGGGAUCCGACCAGAUGACUACCUGUACUCUCUAUGUAACGAGCCACUGAUCGAGCUGUCCAACCCGGGGGCCAGCGGCUCCAUAUUCUACGUAACCAGGGACGACGAGUUCAUCAUCAAAACAGUCAAUGCCAAGGAGGCGGAGUUUCUGCAGAAACUACUUCCUGGAUACUACAUGAAUCUGAAUCAGAACCCGAGGACCCUGCUUCCUAAGUUCUUUGGUCUCUACUGCGUCCAGUGUGGUGGUAAAAACAUCCGUAUUGUGGUCAUGAACAAUGUGUUACCGCGCGCCGUACGCAUGCACCUCAAGUUCGACCUGAAGGGCUCCACGUAUAAACGGCGUGCGUCGAAGAAAGAGAGGGAGAAAUUGAAUCCCACCUUUAAAGAUCUGGACUUUAUAUCAGAUGUACCGGACGGACUGACACUGGAUCAGGAUACAUAUGGUGCUCUGCUUAAGACCCUACAGAGAGAUGGGCUGGUGCUCGAGAGCUUUAAAAUCAUGGAUUACAGUCUGUUGCUUGGGGUCCAUAACCUGGGCCAGGCUGGGAGAGAGUCCCAGGGCUCACCAGCAGGGGGCGAUGAGAAGAAACCUGUGACCCAGAGAGCCCUCUACUCUACUGCCAUGGAGUCUAUACAGGGAGGGAAGACGUGUAGAGACACACUAGACCACGAUGCUACAAUGGGUGGUAUUCCUGCAGUGGAUGGUAAAGGGGAACAACUCCUUCUUUUUAUUGGAAUCAUCGACAUCCUGCAGUCUUACAGGGUCAUCAAGAAACUGGAACACUCAUGGAAGUCUCUGAUUAGUAAUGACGGGGACACAGUGUCAGUCCACAGGCCUAGUUUCUAUGCAGACAGGUUCUACAAGUUCUGCAGCACCACUGUCUUCAGAAAGAGCUGCUCCCUGAGGUCUUCUCCCUCCAAGAGGGGGCGAGGAGGGGCUCUGCCCGCACCCAAAAACAGUGUCCAAACACAGCUCUCCAUAGAAAGAGUGGAGAACCAGGAGAACGAGGACCUGCACCUCAGAGCGGCUCGCGGCUCCCGCCUGCUGGAGGAGGACGGUCAGAGAGAGCACCCCCACACUCCUCCAUCUUUUGAGGAUGCGACCACAGCAUCCAUUGCGACCACUCUCUCCCCCAACAACUCUCUCCCUACCACACCGUUUGACACACCAGAACACCCACGCUUCAGGAGGCCAACUCAUUCUCCACGGGACCAUGAAGACAGUUUCAGGUCACAGCUGGAAGUAGUGGAGGUGCACGAUCAAACCGUCACUGUGGCGGUGGAGGUGAAGAGGGAACCUACAACCAGUGUGGUUCCAGAGGACCUUCAGGAUACUAAAGUAACAGAGGAGAAAGUCAUCACACAGGACACAGCUGCUGCCCCCACCUCCUCUACACCUCUUUCAACCCCUCCUUCCUCCUCCACCCCUCCAUCCUCCACCCCUCCCUCCUCAUUCCCUCCAGCUUCCACUCUCCCUCAUUCACUUCCUCCCUCAAUCUCUUCCUCCUCUGCCCCUCACUCUAACUCCACUCUGCCCUAUUCUUUCACUCGUCCUUCCUCCACCCCUCAGUCAUCAGCUGUCAUCGCCUCCACCCUUCCACCCUCUGCAGUCCCUCAAGCCUCCGCCCCUCCCUCUUCCACCACUCCUGCAUCUACCCACCCCUCCUCCUCUCCCCAUUCUUCACUCCUUCCCACCACCCCUCCCUUCUCUCUCCCUCCGAGCCCCCAGGUGACAGCGGAACGCUAUUCGUCCAAUCAUCUGUCUGUCACCUCGUCCGUCAGCCACAACUCACUGGAGGGGGAGGUGCCAGUCUCUGACAUCUACUUCUAUGCUGAUGGGAGGUACUGGGUGUACUCCCCAAUGCUGGGUCGUAAGAAACUCAACUCAAGCUCAAGCUGCAAUAAUCAGGAGGACAGGAGCUGGAUGUACUCUCCGCUGCACUACGGCUCAGAGUCCAGACAUGACUCUGAUGGGGAGAGCCAGAUGUAUUCUCCACAUCUACCACACAAGGGAAAAACCUCCACUAUUCUCCACCUCUACCACACAAGGGAAAAACCUCUACUAUUCUCCACAUCUACCACAGAAGGGAAAAACCUCCACUAUUCUCCACCUCUACCACACAAGGGAAAAUCUCCACUAUUCUCCACCUCUACUACAGAAGGGAAAAACCUCCACUAUUCUCCACCUCUACCACACAAGGGAAAAACCUCCACUAUUCUCCACCUCUACCACACAAGGGAAAAACCUCCACUAUUCUCCACAUCUACCACAGAAGGGGAAAAUCUCCACUAUUCUCCACAUCUACCACAGAAGGGGAAAACCUCCACUAUUCUCCACAUCUACCACACAAGGGAAAAACCUCCACUAUUCUCCACAUCUACCACAGAAGGGGAAAACCUCCACUAUUCUCCACCUCUACUACAGAAGGGGAAAACCUACACUAUUCUCCACAUCUACCACACAAGGGGAAAACCUACAGUAAAAUAUGAAAUUGAUGAGAGAAAUAUAGUAAAAAGAAAGGGCAAAACAGAAUUGAGCUGUUUGUGAAUUUGACUGUGGGUAUGUGUGUGUAUGUGUGAAUGUCAUUGCGGGUAUGUGUGUUUGUGUGUGUGAAUGUCAUUGUGGGUAUGCGUGCAUGUGUGUGUGAGUGUGAAUGUCAUUGCGGGUGUUAACUCAGCCCUGUCUGGCCAUAAUGGAAUCUCUGAUGGACAGGGAUCAAAGGCUGCUGGUCCAAUCUUCUCCUUUAAUGAAAACAAGAUUCCUCUUUCUCUUCCCUCACUCCCUCUUUCUCUCUCUUCAUCUCCUCUCUCUCAUACACUGACUGUACAAAACAUUAAGGACACCUGCUCUUUCCAUGACAUAGACUAACCAGGUGAAUCCAGGUGAAAAAGCUGUGAUCCCUUAUUGAUGUCACUUCUUAAAUCCACUUCAAUCAGUGUAGAUGAAGGGGAGGGGACAGGUUAAAGAAGCAUUUUUAAGCCUUAAGACAAUUGAGACAUGGAUUGUGUAUGUGUGCUAUUCAGAGGGUGAAUGGGCAAGACAAAAUAUUUAAGAGUGAGAGUGAAGGUGAGGAAUGAUUGCUGUGUCUUUGCAGCAAUAAUCGUAAGCUGAUCGGAAUUCCGUGCUGUUGGUUUGGGAUUUUGGGAUGAUGUCUGGGUGGUGUCACAUUGGACCAAGACAUACAGAGCAUUCAGAAAGUAUUCAGACCCCUUCCGUUUCCCCACAUUUUGUUACGCUACAGCCUUAUUCUACAAUUAAUCAGCAUUUUUUCUGUAUUUCUGUUUUUCAUUAGUAAUACAAAAAGGCACUCGCACAUCUGAGCAAUCUUAUUUGCAGGUGCAUGGCAUCAAUUGAACAAGAUGAAGGAAAAGGAAACCGCACACUGCUCUUGAUAGUAUCACCGAUAUUUAAUAAGCUUUACGUAUCGGCCACACGGCCUUCGUCAGAGCUUUUGGGAUUUUUUGAAAGUUGCACCCUUAUGUAGACCUGGCUCCACCCACAUCCGUUCUACACAUCGAAGGGGGUUGGAAGCAAAGGAAAAUAAAUAAGUGCUACCAAAUAUAACAAUGUGCAUUUCAUAACUCUUACAAAAGUGUAUAAAUAAGGCGUAUUGAACACUUCUGUAUAAUCUCAAUGAGGACAUAGCAAGUUCAUUAGUCAUUGGGUACAUCAUAUGAAAAACGUCAGAAUAAUCUACAAGAGACACACAUUUCAUGUUCCAAUUCACAGCAUAACAUACAAAGGCAUUUCAUCAUUAAGUCCUUUUGGAAACAAUGUCUGGAGGGUGAAAAUCCAAAAACAUUCUCUUUUACUCAGAGUAUUAUUAAUAUCACCUCCCCUGUCUGAUAUCUUAACUUUCUCUAUGCCACAAAAUCUAAAGGUGGAAAUGUCAUGCUUCAUGUCAUUGAAAUGUACAGCGACUGGAGCUACAAAAAAGACCCGCUAAAGCUACAGAACACUCCGUAAUGUUCACAACUACAUAUACUUUGAAUUCGCGAAAAGUGGGAGAGGUGGUCAAGAAACACUGGCAUAUUUUAUCAUCUGACCCAGCUUUGCCGGCUGAAUUUAAAUAUCCACCACGUAUUGUGUAUAGGAGAGGUCGCAAUUUACGCGAUAAAUUGGUUCAUGCCAACUGCCAGCCACUUAAGAAAAUUAGCCAAGCACUUUUACGCCCUCUACCAAAUGGUAGCUAUAAAUGCAGAGGAUGCGCACAGUGCAACAACAUGAUGAAGUGUCAAUAUUUCUGUCACCCACACACAGGAAAAAGGUUCCAAAUAAAUGACAUUAUUACGUGUUCCACCACCCAUGUUAUUUACAUUAUUAAAUGUCCAUGUGGGCUCUGUUAUGUCGGUAAAACCACCCGCUCUCUUAAACAGAGAAUUAGUGAACAUAAAAGUUCAAUCAGGAGAAACGACAGGGAGUAUCCAGUCGCUGUACAUUUCAAUGACAUGAAGCAUGACAUUUCCACCUUUAGAUUUUGUGGCAUAGAGAAAGUUAAGAUAUCAGACAGGGGAGGUGAUAUUAAUAAUACUCUGAGUAAAAGAGAAUGUUUUUGGAUUUUCACCCUCCAGACAUUGUUUCCAAAAGGACUUAAUGAUGAAAUGCCUUUGUAUGUUAUGCUGUGAAUUGGAACAUGAAAUGUGUGUCUCUUGUAGAUUAUUCUGACGUUUUUCAUAUGAUGUACCCAAUGACUAAUGAACUUGCUAUGUCCUCAUUGAGAUUAUACAGAAGUGUUCAAUACGCCUUAUUUAUACACUUUUGUAAGAGUUAUGAAAUGCACAUUGUUAUAUUUGGUAGCACUUAUUUAUUUUCCUUUGCUUCCAACCCCCUUCGAUGUGUAGAACGGAUGUGGGUGGAGCCAGGUCUACAUAAGGGUGCAACUUUCAAAAAAUCCCAAAAGCUCUGACGAAGGCCGUGUGGCCGAUACGU